GGGGGGGGCUAAGAGGGCUCCCUCAAGACACAGCUUAUUGAAUUUUCCACGUGGAAUUUGACACUCUGCUACAUUAUCUUGCUUCACUUGGUUUGUGUCCUGGGCUUCAAAAAAGUUAUUUCCGGAGUGGCGAUAGUGUAUUUCUACUUCUUUUUGCCGUGUCCCCAACUCUUCUAUUCCCAUCUAAAAAUGGAUGUAAGGCGCUGAGUCAUAAGGAGCCUAUCUGCCCCAAGCCGAGGUCUGUGCGUCUCUGAGCCUGUGCGUCUCUGAGCCUGUGCUCUGAGGGAGGCUGUGCUGGGAUGGUAGCGUGCUGUGUUGAGGGGCCGAAGGCUGUGGUGCCGUCUCUGUGUUUCUGUGGCGGGCUGACGAAAGGGUGAACGGUGACGCAGGGAAUCCCUCGCUGCAGUUUGAGCACGACCUCGUUGCCCUCUUCAGCGUCUGCCGCUGCUGCUGCUGCCUCAGCACUUUUACAGCUCCAGAUACUCUCACUCUCACACACACACACACACACACACACACACACUUGUUUUCUCUCUCAUAUGGAAUGACUGUGAAAGAUCACAAUAUAUACACAGAAUCUCUCCGAGGCAGAGUCAUACAUUUUGCCUGGUUUUCUUCUGAGCGUCAAAAGGAUCUUAAGACACACACUGCUCUCUGCUGUGAGUAGAGCCGGAGUCGGAGUUUUUCUAUCUGGGAGCAUGCUGGGAGGUGUGUGGUUGUCUCUUUCUCGCUGGUGGUCGGGAUCCCCGGCGGAAUGCGAACCCGCCGCCACUGAGCAGACCGGCCAAAGCAGCCGGCCUGGUGAGGAGGACUCUGGGAAGGUGGAGGACAAGCUGAAACAUGGUGACCAGAAGGAGCCUGCGGUCAGUGGUCAGGAAGCGGUCAGUGGUCAGGAAGCGACCGGUGGAACACCAAGGAAGAGAGCCACUGUGCUCAUCAUGGUGGCGCCACCUGAGGGCUACCCUAAGAAAAUCGUCAAGGCCGGGGACAAAGACCUGGACGGGCAGCUGGACUUUGAGGAGUUUGUCCACUACCUGCGAGACCACGAGAAGAAGCUGAGGCUUGUGUUCAAGAGUCUUGACAAGAAGAAUGAUGGUCGCAUCGACUCGCAGGAAAUCAUGCAGUCGCUGCGUGACCUGGGGGUGCACAUAUCCGAGCAGCAGGCUGAGAAGAUCCUCAAAAGAAUAAGGACUAAAAUCUGUGCUCCUAUUAUGUACAUGGACAAGAACGGGACCAUGACCAUCGACUGGAACGAGUGGAGGGACUACCACCUGCUCCAUCCCGCCGACAACAUCCCCGAAAUCAUCCUCUACUGGAAACACUCCACGAUCUUUGAUGUUGGUGAGAGUUUGACGGUGCCCGAUGAGUUCACGGUUGAGGAGAAGAUAACCGGCAUGUGGUGGCGCCACCUGGUGGCUGGAGGUGGUGCCGGCGCUGUGUCUCGGACCUGCACGGCUCCUCUGGACAGGCUCAAAGUGCUUAUGCAGGUCCACGCUUCCCGUAGCAACAACAUCUGCAUCGCCGGGGGAUUCACGCACAUGAUCAAGGAGGGCGGGAUUCGGUCGCUAUGGCGAGGGAACGGCAUCAACGUCAUCAAGAUCGGUCCUGAAACUGCAAUUAAGUUUAUGGCCUACGAGCAGAUCAAGCGGCUGAUUGGCAGUAACCAGGAGACGCUUGGCAUCUUGGAGAGGCUGGUGGCAGGUUCUUUGGCCGGAGCCAUCGCCCAGAGCAGCAUCUACCCGAUGGAGGUGCUGAAGACCCGGUUGGCGUUGCGGACGACGGGCCAGUACUCGGGCAUUGCGCACUGUGCCAAGCAAGUCCUCAGGAAGGAGGGCAUGACUGCCUUCUAUAGGGGCUACGUUCCCAACGUGAUUGGCAUCAUCCCCUACGCUGGCAUCGACCUGGCGGUGUACGAGACUCUGAAGAACUACUGGCUACAGAAGUACGCCACCAACAGUGCCGACCCGGGCGUGUUUGUGCUGCUGGCGUGCGGCACCAUGUCCAGCACCUGCGGCCAGUUGGCCAGCUACCCGCUAGCCCUGGUCCGGACACGCAUGCAGGCCCAGGCCACUCUGGAGGGGGGUCCUCAGAUGACCAUGUCUGGACUCUUCAGGCACAUCGUGCGCACGGAGGGGGCCAUCGGCCUGUACCGGGGGCUCGCCCCGAACUUCAUGAAGGUCAUCCCCGCCGUCAGCAUCAGCUACGUGGUCUACGAGAACAUCAAGGUCUAUCUCGGGGUCCAAUCCCGAUGAGCGCGCGGAAAGGGGACGAGGAGAAAACGAAAACACCCACAAAGGCUUAUUUUUUUGUUGUUGUUUUUGUUUGAGUUUUGGUUGGGACAAAGAAGAAUAGAAACCUCCAUGAGAAGUGCUGUCCAGGAGCUGGCCCAGGAUGGGGGGUGGGGGUGGGGGGGCAGAGGGCCGAGUCCCGGGGCCUCCCCCUUGCACCUGGAACCCUUGGGCCCAGCCUGUUAUCUCAUUCAACAAGCAAUCCGCAGAGAAUGAGUGACCCACACACGACCCAUACCUGGCGAAAGAAAUGGAAUGGAUUGGAAGUAUGGGGGAGGCGGGGGUGGCGGGGGUGGCUGCAUGGACACACUGUGAGCUGGAGAAAGGUGACUUGGUCAUCUCCUGCCCAUCCAUGCAGUCAUUAUUACUGCAUCAGUAGUAGUAGUAGUAGUAGUAGAAGUAUUAUUUUUUAUUAGCAGUGUUAGCUAACUGUUAUUAUCUUUGCUACAACCAAGGCAGACUUUUUGAAAUCAUUGCCUCUUUCAGCCCUCCCAUCUCUUCCUCAUCAUUAAAAUGUCUUUAGGUUAUUGAAGAGGUACCUGACAUGGUACAAAGUCAAGCUCUGUUGUACGUAGUGAAUCCAGUGGCAGACGUGUUUUGUGAGGGACCAGGGGUUAGACUGGGAGCUCGGUUUGCCACCUUUGCACUCACUGUAGUAGCCUGCUGAGGCUAUGCUGCACCUAUGAGGGAGGAAACGAGACCAAGGUGUCUGAGAAGGCAGUGUGUAGUGUUGUCUCUCAUGCUGCAGUACCUGCUCUUGCCCACAGGGGGCAGUGUUGAACCACCUGUGUGGAGAGAGUUUGCUAAAGAUCACCACGCCCCCUAGGCAUAUGCAAGGAAGGGCUCUUUCUUUUUAAAUCAACACCUUCUUUUUUCUUUUUCUUUUAAGAAUUGUGAUCCUAAAUUGAGUUCUUAAACUUUUUGUUUACAUAAUUUAUUCAAAAUAAUUCCUUUUCCAUCACUCUCAUUUUAAUUUAUUUAUUGUUCUGGAGAUCAUUUUUCUCAACAUAACCAAAAUGUGUUGAUUGUUGUGGAGUGUACAAGGAGAGAGCAGAGGUGGUCUGGAGCCUAUAGUGUCUUACAUCAAAUGGUCUUCUCAACUAAUUGUGUAAGGACUGUUAAAAGUGACGUUUUAUUAUUUUUUAUAUGUAGAUCAUUAUUUAAGUGCUAUCCAUAGUGACAGAAGAGCAUGACAGCUUUCUAGCAGAACACUCAACAUGUUUGUGACGAGUGAGUCACUGUAACACUUUAUCUGUGAUCCUUAAUUAGUCCUAAACGAACCAUAUCAGAAGCAAACCAUUUGGUCGCUAACCAGGAAAUCACGCUGGAAUUCUUUAGCAAGCUCAGUCAGGGACAAGUCGCUCAAGCGAUACUGGGCGAGAGCUACGGGGUACAGUCGCUCAAGCGAUACUGGACGAGGGCUACAGGGUCAAACUGGAAGGCUGUUUGCACAAAGCUACUGGACACUGAGGGCUCUCUCUUGAUGCAUCGGUAAAAAAAGGGGAGAUGUCUGUUACUUGCACCUGACUCCAAGCAUUGGAAGACACUGUAAUCCAGCACAAACCUAUUUCCACGAUAUUGCUAUUUCCAUUUUAUUAUAACCUAGUUAUAUAUUCCUUGCGAUUCUCCAGUGUUUGGAUGCAGAGAUAAGGGUUCACUUCAGCACUUUAAAAAUCAAAGUAAUUUGCUUGGUAUAGACUUGAAUGUUUAAUUCUUUUUCUUUAGCAAAAGGAAACAUUUUAAUCGUGAAUCCAAACGAUUAGUAUGGAGUUUGUGACUGGAUGUGUAUCACUUUGUUCUGUGCUGUUUGGAAUCAGUGUUGUGCGUAUGCGUACGUGUGCAUGCUUGGACCGAGAACUGUGUAGUAUGUUCAAAUUGGAGACUAAAAGGGAAAUGUAAAUGCUCUGUUUUCAAACACAUUCAUGUUACUUCUCUGGGUGAAUGUUGACUUGUACUCAUCCCCUGUCAUAUAAAAGUAAUACAUUGAAAGUGGACUUUAAACUCAAAAGAAAUAAUUGACGGCGCUCAAUUUCAAAUUUGAAAGAUGUAUAAAGUGGGUGGCAGUUUGCCUUAUUUAGUGGAGAGUUUGGACAGUGCUCCAAAAAUGUCAAAUCUCAGGGAGAACAGCUCCCCCCCCCUCCAUUUCACUGAGCUGCUUUUUGCACCGUAAAAACCACAGGAUGCCACCGUUGUCUGUUUUGGUAAUUUCCGACCAGCUAGUUCUCCCUGGACUGAAACGUUCCUUUUUUACUUUAUUUUGUAGCCCUGUUCACAUUCCCUUUUAGUCUCACCUGUUCGUGUGGUGCAUGAUGGCCUAAUUGAGAUAAUAAAAUGCAAGACCGUGUUCAGAGGGUGGGAGGUGAAAACAUUGGAACAAGGGAGAGAAAUAUGUGUUAGCAUUAUUAUUGAAGCAUCUGAUUGGUUCCAGUCUGUGUGGUGAUAUUGAAGCAUCUGAUUGGUUCCAGCCUCUUUUGCACAAUUGCUUUGGAGAAAGUCUCUAGAGCUGUCUCUCUCUCUGUCUCUCUGUCUCCUCUCCCCCAGUUGUGUGAUUUGUGUGGGAGUGUGUGUGUGUGUUUAUAGACCAUUUCUGAGACUGUUAAAAGCUGCCCGUUGUCACACCCAAUUCAGAUUAUGCCUGACAUCUAGAGCCUUACCGUUCAUAGAAGCUUUUGGCAGUCAGAAUACCUGCUUGUGCAAACUUGAAAUGCAGAACUGCUCACAAUGUAGUUUAUACCCAAGUGCUGUACAUGGGACUCCCAAGCUUCAGAACUAGGGGGGUGAUUCAAAGUACGUGGUUUAGUGACAAGCAUGACUAAGUGACCUCAGAGUAAGUGGUUAAUAGUUACCUAAUAGUUACCCAAGCGUUAGCUUACCCAGGUUUGUCACUAAACCACGUACUUGGAAUACCCCCCUGGUCAUGCUUUGAAUCCAAAUAUUUUUUCAAGACAUGUUUGGGUUGGGCAGAAAAAAAGUAACUGCAUUUAUUUUAACAAUGAUGGAAGAUAUUGAAACGUUAUGCAAAAAUCAACGCUAAAAAGUUGUUCUUUUUUGGCAUUGUCCUCUGUAUAAUGCAUAUCUUGAAUGAAUGCUGAAAAAAAUGUAUUUAUGUUAUGGGAACAAGUCUUAAAUAAAGUUAUUGGUUCAA